AUGGUCAGCACCGACCGCUGCUAUGCCGUCUCACCCGAAUGCCCAGUGUCCGCGACGACGCUGGGUUACUAUCCCAACCUCGGCGCAAACGCCUUUUUCCUCGCCUCGUUCACGCUUUGCGCUAUCGUGACUGUCGCGAUCGGAGUAUGGAAACGGACGUGGGCGUUUGGAAUCGUGGUUGGCGCCGGGUUUUUUCUCGAGACAUGCGGAUACAUCGGCCGCGUACUGAUGCACUCCAACCCUUGGUCUGACCCUGGCUUCAAAAUGGACUUGGUCUGCAUCAUCCUCGCACCCACCCUAAUCUGCGCCGGAAUCUACCUAACCCUAAAACACGUCGCGCGCACCGUUGGCCCCAACUUUUCACGCAUCAAGCCUCGCCUAUACACCUGGAUCUUCAUCCCCUUUGAUGUGUUUUGCCUGUGUCUGCAAGCCAUCGGCGGCGGCGUCGAUGCCGCAGCCUCGGACACCACGCCCGUCAACGAAAAGACGCUCAAGGCCGGAAACGACAUCAUCCUCGCAGGUAUUGUGUUGCAGGUGGUCAAUCUUGUGGUCUUUGGGUUGCUCUCGCUUGAUUUUUUUGUUGCCGCCAAGAAGAAUUUUCAUAAUGCAUCCCCUGAACUGCAAAAUUCGUCGGCGGCGCGGAUUUGGUAUUCGAAGCGGUUUCGCAUCUUUUGUCUUGCUGUUACGGGUGCCUAUGCGGGCAUUUUGAUUCGGUGUAUUUAUCGUAUUGCCGAAAUGGCUGGCGGAUGGGGAAACGCCACCAUGCGCAACGAAGUCCUCUUCUACGUCCUUGAGGGAGCAAUGGUUCUUUACCCAGCAUUCCUCCUCUCCAUUUUCUCGCCGGGUCUCUUCUUUCCAGAAAUGGGCGAUGCGGCUGCCUCUGUUGAGGCACAGAACGAUAAUAAUAAUAAUAAUAAUGAGAAGCAGGAGAAUUCGGAUGAAGGCGGUGUUGUGGGUUUGCAGGAACAAUAG